AUGCAAGCAAGAACAUCACUCAGUGUUUGCAUAAAAUUACCAUGCUUAAAUAAUAAAAAUUUGAAUGUACAAAUUAAAAAAGGUCAAGAUAUUAAAGAACUUGUUCAGCAUCUUAUUCAAACACACGCAAUACCUCCAUAUUUAACAAUAUCUAUAUAUUCAACUAUUUUAUCCGCUAUGAAUGAGUCUUGUCAAAAAGAUCAGUUAAACAUUCAUUCAACGUUAUCAAAACACGAAUUACGUCAUUUAUUUGUAGAUGCAUAUCAAUCAAAUACCCUUCAAUAUAAUAAUAAACCUGAAGAUGAUAUUUUCCCUCGUGCAUUUCAUACCCUUGUCCAUUGUCCUGUCACAUCCAUAUUUGAUACUUUACUUGAAUUAGAACAAAAUUAUGCCAUUGCUAUUCAAGAACUGCAAACUGCAAGUGAUCACGAAUUAGUAGCUAUUCAAGCAAGACAAGCACAAGAAAUAGAAUCUGUUUCUAUGUCAAGCCUUGAAUCGAAUAUACCAGGAACAAAUCUAUCGAAUCAAAAUAGUAACAUGACGACCCUCUUUACUCGUCAAGUAGAAGAAAUGGAAGUAUUUCAAGCGACUUGGCAAUCUGAAAUUAUGCAGACUCAACAAACUCAACGUCAGGAAUACAGGGACUUUGUCAUUGAACUUUAUCGUGCAUAUCAAUCAACAUUAGCUUCCCUUUCUGAUAGUGAACAUCUUAAACCAGAAGAUACAUUAAAGAAAUUAGAUGGUAAAGAAAUUGUUGCUAUCGCUGCAAAUCGGAUGCGUCAAUGGGAAGAAGAACAACAACAACAACAACUUCAAACUGCUGACUCUGUUCAUAGUGAUAGUAGUCAUACUUCAAGUCAUACAACUUCUCUUCCUACACGACCUCGUACCGCUUCUUUAGCAAGUAGUCUUGGUUCUCCUAAUCUACAACACGCUUCAUUCUCUCCUAAUGAAUUGGCUUCUUUAGUACGUACUGCUUCUUUAUCCUCUGGCUAUGACCCUGUUUCUGUCAAGAACAUUCAGGAAAUGGGCUUUGCUAAGGAUCAAGCAGAGUCGGCUUUGAUCUUGUCAAAUCAAAAUAUGGAAGCUGCUAUUGCUUUAUUACUUGAAAAUCCAAAAAAGGUCGACGCUUAUUUAGCUGAACAACGAUUACAACUGCAACAACUAGAACAACAGAAACAUUUUAAACAAAUGUCCCAUCCACCUGCAAGUUCAAAUACGCCCUAUUAUCGUCGUUCAUAUUCUUUAAGUCAAGUAUCUCGUCCAUCUAUUCCAAUUUCACGUCAACACACUACUCCAACUACAGCAUCAAAGAGACGUUAUUCUUUACAACGCUUUAGUACUACGCCUACCUUUUUAAAUAUGAUGGGUCAUAAAAAUACGAAUAACCCUCCUUUAUCAACGCAUGCUGCCACUCCUACUUCUACUACUCCUUCUCCUCCUCCUACAACUAUAGCAACAAAUACAAAUAAAAGUUGGAAUCCAAUUUCUUUCUUGCAACAACAGAAACAAGCCAUGGAGAAUACAAAUCUAAGUUCAGUGCGUAAAUUGGGUGGAUGGUUAGGUAAAGCAAUGGAAAACUUGGGUAUAGAAAAUGAGAACGGUACUUUAGAAAAAAGAGAGCAAGCUAUGAUAUCAACUCAACAACAAGCACCUCAACUAGUAGAAUCAUUUACAAUCAUGAUGGGUACAGUACAAGUGAAGACAUCACAUAAUUUACGUUUAUUAGUAACAAAUGUCGCAACUGACAUAUUUCACCCUGAGCAUUAUGAUCCAUUAAGAGAAAUGGCCUAUCGAGCUGAAACAGCUACAAAAUUGUAUACAAGUCAUCUAAGUGCUAUCAUCGUUCUAGUUGAAAUAAGUGAGUUGAUGUCGAAACGAAAAGAAGAUACGUCUAUUACAGAUUGGAGACUUUAUCGUACAGGUAAAAGUCAUAGUAAUAAAGCCUUUUUUGAACGUUGUCGACAAUCAACAGAAUUUCAUUUCCCUGAUGUUGAAAGUCAAUUAAGACAAAUUGAAGAGGAUUUUCAACCCCAUCAAUUAACUGAAGGUUCCUUUUUUAUAACAAAACAUUCUAAUUUACCUAGCACACAGAUUGUAUUUCAUCUCUUGAUUGAUAGUACAGCCAUCACAGCAACUCAAUUAUCCAAUCGACAUCCAUUAAUCACAGGUCUUCGUCAUAUAUUGAAAAUAACAACUCAGUAUGAUAUUUCAUCAUUAUCUAUCCCGCUUUUAUUAUUACCUGAUCGAUUCCAUGAAUUGGCUACAGAUACAACAGAGACACAACGAUCCAGUUGGCUACAAAAAAGGGGUGAAGUCGUGAUGAAAUGCAUAAAGGGAUUCUUGAUUGAGAAUUCGAGAAAUGGGAAAAGAGUUCAAAAUGAAGGUUUAGAUCGAGCUGAAAGUAUGGGAAAUGGUGGAUUAAGAAAUAUUGAAUUUUUAAUACCUAAUAAUGCGGAGAUCUAUAUGGGUCAUCAUUCCUUACAACAACAUCCCUCUCAUUCGCAAUACAUAAAUCAUGGAACUAAUACCACUACAACAACAACAACAUCUACUACUACUACUACCACCACCACCACUACUACUGCUGCUAUUACUACUAAUAGUAAUACUUCAGGAAUAGAUACUCCAUUGGAUACUAAUGGUGCUCAGUCCAUGUUAAUUCCACAGGAGGUUGAAACUGCAUUUGAACAAUUUAGAGCUUUAUUAGUCAAUCUAUUCCGUACGAGUUAA